AUGGACCAACUCGCUCAGAGACUGGCAAACCAGAAGCGGCGAGCGUUAGGAACGUGCGCCGUUUUGCUGUGGGGCCCGCCGGGCUGUGGAAAAAGCCAGAUUGCACGGGAAUAUCUGUGGCGACACCAGGGACAAUAUCCAGCCGGUUGCUUCUGGGUCGAUUCCAAGACCAAGGAGUCACGCUCGAAGAGUUUCUGGGAUAUUGCUCAAGCUGUUGCGAUACUUGGAAAGGACGAACCCCGGGACUCUGGGUGGGAUGAAUCAUCAAGAUUUGUCGACUCGGUGCGAAAAUGGUUCGAAGCUCGAGAAGGCUGGCUGCUCAUAUUUGACGGUGUAACGACGGACAAUGACGAGGACAUCGAAGCCUUUGUCUCUUAUAUUCCGGAUCGCUCAGGCAACAACAUCAUCUACACAUCGGUCGAUCGAACGUUGGUCAAGCGGCAGAGACUACUUAACCCGGCAGGCGUCAAAGUGUUCCCCCUUUCACAGCAUGACGCGUGUGCUCUCCUCUACAAGAACCUGGGGAUAAAAUCACCAACUGAAGUGCAGGCCAAAAAGGCAUCACAAUUGGUGAAGCACUAUGAAUGUCUGCCACUUGCUAUUCACGCCGCAGCCCACGCUUUGAUUGCCAGGGGGACAUCGCUUGAGAAGUUCAAUCCCGGAACUUCAGAUCAUCGCCUUGCAGACCCCUAUCUUGAUAUUAUCUCAGCGCUGAGAGAGCAUUCGCAUCCCGAGGCUGUCCAUCUGGUUACACUGCUCAGUUUUUUUGCGCACGUGAUACCAGUAGCUCUCAUUCGCUUUGGACAGCCCGUCUUGCAUGAAUUUGGGGUCGAAGUUCGUUCGAUUGAACGGAUAGGAAGCCUCAAGAAAGAGCUAGACAAUACGAUCGCUGUUCUUAUACGGUAUGGAUUGGUCGAGCGGACCUUGCUUGAGUACUGUGUCACACCACCCAAAACCUCUAUCUCACUGCAAGAACCUAGGCGGACGCGACAUAAUACUACCGAUACAGUUGGCACAAGGGUAACCACUGUCGAAACAGAGCGAAACGAGCUAAGACUGCUCGAGGAUGACUCCAGCAGUCUUGAAGGACUGACUGGGGCUCGUCCGGACAGCAGAUUGGAUGAAUCAUCUUCCAAAUCGAUAACCUACAGCAUUGAUAUUCUUCGCAUUCAUAGCGUCGUGCAAAACGUACUUCGAGACGAGCUGAAACUACGAUAUGCAGAUCAACCAGCACAUUACUGGUGGUGGCUUUGCGUAGCCUCGAAAAUGCUGUGCCACUCUUAUAUGGUCGCAGACGGCAAGAUAAAAAGCACCGAAGGACGUGGUCUUGUCCGCGACUAUCGUGACUAUGAGACGCAGGCGGCUCGGUUGUGGUCACACUUCCCCAAAUCGUCUACGGAAGCCUCGCCGACGCUGCGCAAGGCACGGCACAACCUUCAUGAAACCAUUCGAUCGAUCAAGGAGGAAAUUCAGACUCAGUCUCCAUCACAAUCCGUCGACAGUCUCAAUCAUCAAGUACAAUUCUCCGUAUUUGAGCGGGCCAGCAGCACGUCUUCAGACAGUCCUGGUACUGAGAGCAGUGCUUUGACCAGGACGUCUACCUGGACGCCUGAACAUGCUGACGACCAGACUGAAUCGCCAAUCCAGAUGCAUCUGGGGUUGGAUUUGGACGACGUAGGGUCCGAAGGAAGCUGGACGGAUAGGUGGUCUCAAUCUGGAAUGGGCAACUCCAAGGUCCUAAUCCUAGGCACAAACCGAAGCCGACGUCCGAGCGCUUCUGACUUAUAUGCGAUGACGCCUACCGAAGCCAGCUUCGAUAAUGUCCGCCAAUCUUCGGUUCUACAGGCAAUAUUUCAAGGGCGGCCUUCCCAAUCAAAGAAACCAAAGAACCUUGGGGAAUGGAAACCCUUGCCAGUUCCACCCUCUCUAUCCCACGAACAAGCUCAGAGUCACUCGAGAGCCUCAUCAUUCACCACCGGCAGCGACGACCGGACCGUGACGAGGCCGGCUUCUACAGGGUCUGAAGCAUCGGGGGCUCUCGCGGCCAUUCACCGGGCCAGUCCUCCGCCCAUAAGAGGAGGAAGAAUAAAAUCACCUACGCGUCUACAAUGUACCAGGCCGGCAUCAGACGAAGGACGUCUGCCACUCUCCGCCAAAUCUGCCAAUCAGAAAAUUUCAAUCUUGGCCACAGAGUUUCUGCCAAGUCAGUCUCUGCCGACCUACGAUUCAUCCGGGAUUACUCGAAGGCACACCAGGCAUCCAUCGUCUUCGCCCCGGUUGAUGUACACUGCAUUGAACAAUCAUGCGACAGCAAAGGUUGCCCCUUCAACUCCAUUGAAGGAAAAUAUGUCCCCUUCACAACAUUAUGAAGUUUCCAACGUGCAAUCUCAUCUGAACCCUCCAAUUCAAGAGCCCGAUAGUCUGCUUUCCGCAAAGUCCGCUCCUACAGGUUACAGCUCGCAGCCCAUGUCGCGCGAUACAUCCAAGGCCUCGACUACAUCACAUGCAACAGCGCCGCCAGCAGUGCCCGGGUCGGCAUCACUGGGUACGUCUCCGCAGAUACGGGAACCUUAUCUGUACAGCAGACCAGGCUUGACAUCCAUUGACGUGGCCGCAGCGAAUUCAUGGGAUGACGGGAGAGCCACCAUCGAUGAUUUGGACGAAACCUCCCCAUUCACCUCCAGCAUAUCCUUCGAAGGCGGAGACAUCGGAGACAUUUUCGAGAGGUAUCACGAAAGGCUCGGAAGUAGUGUCCAAUUUGGUCAGAUGUCGCCAGUGGAGCUUGAUAGAGCACGAGCGCGUGUCUCAUUAGCACGUGGACGGAGUGUAGAUGGACGGUUGGAGAAGAGUGCCCACGAAAGAGGCGUCCCAGGAGUGGAUAGGAUCUGA